GCGCAAGUAGCAACAAACCGACACCUCUAUCCAUCUAGUAGCCUAGUACAAAAUGGCAUGUAUUGCAACACUAGUUGUCACUAGCUAGCCUAUUUAGUACACUAAUCACUACUUGCCACAUGCAGUAACACUCGCCUAAAACCUUAAUAAACCUGACCAUAUAUAUCGAUCUAUCCGUGUUGUGAAGAAAGCUCAUCAAGCUCACUCUCAGUCGAGUACUCGAGCUAGCUUAGCCAUGGCGGCGAUCUCGCCACGUCUGGUUGUGUUCGUCGCCGUCCUCCUCCUCCUCCUCCUCGCCACGGCGACCACCACGCAAUGCCACCGUCACGGCAAGCGACACCGCCACCACGCCGUCGCCGCCAAGGGCGCCGCGGCGGCGGCGGCCACGCCGGGGGUGACAGACGUCCAUGCCGUCUGCCGCACGACGCCGCACCAGGACUCCUGCCUCGCGUCGACGGCCGCGCACCUCGACGCCGUCUCCGCGGAGGUGGUGGCAGCGGCGUCGGCCAUCUCGGUGCAGCUGCUCCCGCCGAACAUCCUGUCCGUCGCGCUCGCGUCGCUCCGGGGCGCGCUCGCCGCCGUGUCGUCGCUCUCCCCGGCGCUCUCCUCCGCGCUCUCGCCGCCGUCGUCGGGCGCGUCCCCGCUCCGGCGCGGCGCGGCGCAGGACUGCCUCGAGCUCCACGCCGCCACGCUCGCCUCCCUGUCGCGGUCCGCCUCGCUGCUCGCGUCCCCCGGCGAGGGCCUCCCCGCCGUGCGCGCCCACCUCGCGGCGGCGCUCGCCAACAAGGCCACCUGCCUCGACGGGCUCGACGGCGCCGCGCCGUCGUCCGGCCUCCUCGCGUCCCUCGACGACGCCUACGCCCACGUCACCAACUCCCUCUCCCUCGUCGCCGGCCGCCGCGGCGGGGGCGGAUCGGCGGCGAGCUUCGCCGCCGCCGUCGCCAACAUCAUCCACCACAACCGCCGCCUCCUCGACGACGACGACAACGACGACUACAACGGCGGGAACGACGACGACGACAACAGCAACAACUCCGGCGAGAACACGGUGGUGAUCACGGUGGCGAAGGACGGGAGCGGGAACUACCGGACGGUGGGGGAGGCGGUGGCGGCGGCGCCGAACAACAGCGCGGCGAGGACGGUGAUCCGAGUGAGGGCCGGGACGUACGAGGAGAACGUGGAGGUGCCACCGUACAAGACGAACAUCGCCCUCGUCGGCGACGGCCGCGGCGCCACCGUCAUCACCGGCAGCCGCAGCGCCGCCGACGGCUGGACCACCUUCCGCUCCGCCACCUUCGGGGUGUCAGGCGAAGGGUUCAUGGCUCGGGACGUGACGUUCCGGAACACGGCGGGGGCGGCGAAGGGGCAGGCGGUGGCGCUGCGGGUGAGCGCGGACAUGGCGGCGGCGUACCGGUGCGGCGUCGAGGGCCACCAGGACUCUCUCUACGCGCACUCGUUCCGCCAGUUCUACCGCGAGUGCGCCGUCUCCGGCACCGUCGACCUCGUCUUCGGCGACGCCGCCGCCGUCCUCCAGGCGUGCGAGCUCGUCGCCGGCGCCCCCGUCGCCGGCCAGUCCAACGUCCUCACGGCGCAGGCGCGCGGCGACCCCAACGAGGACACGGGCUUCUCCGUGCACAACUGCACGGUGGUCGCCUCGCCGGAGCUCCUCGCCAGCGGCGUCAGCACGCGCACCUUCCUGGGCCGGCCGUGGCGGCCCUACGCCCGCGCCGUCGUCAUGGACUCCUACCUCGGCCCGCUCGUCGACCGGGCCGGCUGGGUCGAGUGGCCCGGCGCCGAGCCCGGCCGCGCCGAGACGGUGUACUUCGGUGAGUAUGGGAAUGGCGGGCCGGGCGCCGCCAUGGACGGCCGCGUCGGAUGGGCCGGGUUCCAUGAUAUGGGCUACGACGAGGCGGCCCAGUUCUCCGUCGACAACCUCAUCUCCGGCGACCAGUGGCUCGCCGCCACCUCCUUCCCCUACGACGACGACGUCUAACCGUACGAGCAUUGUCACCGACGAAAUCCAUGUCCAAUCAAUGCAUUGUAGUAUUGCACUAUUACUACACCUGUAUUAAUGAAUUAUUACCACGCGUAAAUCUCAACAAUGCAGCCGUUAAUUAAUUACCGUGUUUCAGAGUAAAUCCGUGGAACUGUAAACUGCAAAAAUGCAGAAUUACCCUGUUUUGUUUACGACACAAAAAUCCUAACAAAUUUCAGUAAUAAUGGUUGUAAAUUA